GAUUACAAAAACAAUACAAGCAAAAUAUACAAGAGACAUGCGUGUCUGAGUGUUUGUGUUUUUGGGAAAGCCAAUACCUUUAGGCUUUAGUGUGCACACACACAUGUGUGUAUCCCACAGAGUGUACGAACCCCCCCUUUUCUUGUUCUUUUUUUUUAACUCAUUUCACUCUCAUCAUGGGCCACCCCUUACUCCUUACUACACACACUCUCUUUCACUAUCCACAACAAUUACCCAAUUCACCCCUUCCUCCUUAUCAACCACACAUGACAUAAACCAAACCCAUUACCAUCAUUGGCAUUACCUAAAAGAAAAAAAAUGUCUAAAUUGAGAUUUGUAUUAGUCAAUCCAAUAGAUUAGAUUUAGGAAGAAGGAAUCUUACUCCUCCUAAGUCCUAACCAGAUCGAGGGCUGUUUUAGUAAAUUCUCAAAGGAUCCCUAACUCUCUCGAUUCCGUUACACUCUCUCAAAACCAAAAAAAUUUAAUCUAUCUAUGGCUUUUUUUUUUUCGAGUAUUAACAGCAGCAGCAACAACAACAACAAUGCUUCUUCUUCUUCUUCUUCAACCGAUCUAUUCAUUUGUUUCACAUCUCGUUUCUCUUCUUCUUCUUCCAUGCGUCUCUCUUCUAAAUCCAUCCAUAGUCCAGCUCGUUCCGCUUGUCUCACCACUUCUCUCAGCCGUCGUCUCCGUACCAGCGGUAGUUUGAAGAACGCUUCAGCUGGAGUUUUGAACUCUCCGAUGUUUGGUGCUAAUAAUAGUGGAGGAGGACGCAAGAGAUCUGGAUCUGGUUACGAGAAUAGCAACAAUAACAACAACAACAACAACAACAUAGAGCCGUCGUCUCCUAAGGUUACGUGUAUUGGUCAGGUUAGGGUGAAGACUAGGAAGCAUGUCAAGAAGAAGAUGAGAGCUAGAUCUAGGAGGAAAGGAGGCGAGACUAGUUUCAGAAGAUCGGCUGAUCAAAACGACGGUGGUAGUGGUAGCGGUAGUGGUGGUGGAUGUCGUUUUGAUGCCACUGAGAAUCGCUGGGUUCAUCUUCCGGUGACUAUAUGUGAGUCGUUGAGAUCGUUUGGUUCCGAGCUCAACUGUUUCUUCCCGUGUAGAUCUUCGUGUAUGGAGAACAGUCAUGGUGAUAUGAGGCUGCGAGUUGAGAGUAACAACGAAGGUUGCGGCGGCGGAGGGGGAAAGUCGUGUGGGGGAAAGUCGUGUGGUGCGGUGUUUACGAGGUGGUUUGUGGCGGUGGAGGAGACGUCGUCGGGAGGGAAGAGAAGAGAGAUUGAGCUUGUUGUUGGUGGAGAAGACGAAGUUGAGGAAGAUAGACGGAGUAGUCGUCGGAGACAUGUGUUCGAAGGGCUUGAUUUGAGUGAGAUUGAGAUGAAGACGGAGAAGAAAGAUAGAGGAGAAGUUGGACGGAUAAGUAUAUGUUCUCCGCCUAAGAACGCUUUGCUGUUGAUGCGGUGUAGAUCCGAUCCGGUUAAGGUGGCGGCGUUAGCUAACCGGGUUCGAGAAAGACAGUUGUCGUUAAACGACGGCGUAUACAGAGGAGGAGUAGAAGAGGAGGAAGAUGAUGAGAGAAGACGAAGGUUUGAGCUGGAGAUUGAAGAUAAGAAACGGAUCGACUUGUGUGACAAAUGGAUCUCUGGGGAAACUAAUGUCGAGAGAGAAGAAGAAGUUACAGUCGUUGAAGCUGAAGCAGAAGCAGAAGCAGAGGUGGUUCCUCUGGUUUCAAAUCCAGUUACAGAGGAAGAAGAAAGAGUCCAAGUUCUUGAAGAUUCGAUUGUGGAAGCACAAGAAGAAGAAGAAGGUUCAAAAAGCUUGGAGGUUGAUUCGUAUGAGGAAGAAGAAAUCGAAGCUACGAUAUUGAAGAACAUUGAAGACGAUAUUAGAAACGCCAUAGAAGAAGAAGAGGAGCACAUGGCUGAGAUGGCUGAUGAGGAAGAAUUAGCUGCGGUGGCUGAGGUUGACGAGGAGGAAGAAGAAGAAAGCAAAGAGGUUGCUUCUGUAACAACACAAAACGAGGAAAGAUCCGAACAAGGAAACAGAGAACCCGACCCGAGUCCAGAAGNCAAGAAGAAGAUGAGAGCUAGAUCUAGGAGGAAAGGAGGCGAGACUAGUUUCAGAAGAUCGAAUCGCUGGGUUCAUCUUCCGGUGACUAUAUGUGAGUCGUUGANCUCGAAGGAGACUUGGGUUUGCAGUACAGAUUUCGUCAGAUGUUUACCGGGAAGACCUCCGGCUAAGAAGAUACCACCAGAAGCUGCCGGAGAUAAUAAUAAUAAUCAUCAUCAUCAUCAACCCAAGAAGCGAAUUAUCACAGCCGUUGAUUCCAACGCUUCUUCUCGCCGGCGUUCUAUCGAUAAACCACCGUUACACCUACAGCCGCCACGGUCAUCUUGUUCAUACCCAGCAGCUCCGCCGAUAAUAACGGCGGCUGCGGCGGUUGGUGAGCAGAAGGUAGCCGGAGCUAAUAAGGCGUACGAGCCACCAGUGCUGCCACGUUGUAAAUCGGAACCUAGGAAGUCAGCGUCAAAGCUUGCGCCGGAAGCUUGUUUCUGGAAAAAUAGGAAGCUGGAGCCACAUCCUCAGGCAAGCGUCGGAGUCGGCGCCGCCGGAGUAGGGUUCUAGGAGCAGGGGGUGGACGUGAGUUGGGAAUAAAGAAAACUAUUUGGGUGUAAUAGUAAUUUCGAAAUACUAUAAGUCCUUUGUUUGUAAAUUUUGUUUUGUUUAGUCAUAAUUCAUUUCUUUCACUGUGCCAA